AUGGGCGUGGUGUCGUCGUACUGUACGGGAGACCCUGCAGAACACGAGGAGAACGAGGAGCACAACAUUCAACGUCCGGCCAAGAACAUGUCCUCGCAAACCCCGCACACUCCGGUCACGCCAAUGGCGGCACAGCAACCCAUGGGCGCCACGCCAGAUCACAGGACCCCGAUCGACCCCAUCAGCGUUACAAACCUCGCCACAGCGCGGCGCACGAUGCGACUCACCCCAGUGUUCAAGGAAGAACAGCAGCAGGCUCGUCAGGGACAGCGAGGGCAUUCCGACUGGAAUAUGGGCCUCGCCGAGGGCAGGAUGGGUCCACCUCGUCGAAUGUUCGGCACGCCAGAGCCACCACAGCAACCAGCGGCAACAAGCAUCAGCGAUGAGGGCCAGGAGGAAGACGGUCAACAGCAGCAGGCGAUUCAAGGCCGUCGAGCACAGGAGGAGCAAUCUACCGCACCCUCAAGACACACCUUGAGCCCAGGUGAUGGUCGACGACCCAACAGCUAUGAUGCAUCUUCUUCUUCUUCUUCCCACCAACAGCAGCAGGAGUGGACGGAUGACAGCAUCUUCGCUUAAACCGAUGUGGAAAACCAACCGGCCUUCACAAGCAUAUUGCAUCCAAUCCUCUCUCAUUCCACCACGUCCACCAUCCCCCUCCCCUUUUCACCCCCACGGCUCCAUAGCAGCACUG